ACAAGAAAUGGCUUCACUUCCCGUAGUUGCACAUCCUCAGCCCACCCUGGCCUCCUAUAACCCCGCCCCAGCAGCCUCCCCUAACCCAACGGUUCUCUAUGCGACCAUCAGUCUGCUGAACAACUGCCACGCCUACCCCCUUACACACGACUUAGUGGUAGCCCCGCCCCGUCCCCUGGUCACGCCCACUACACCCAUCCUAUUUACUGUCCGUACGGCCGCUUUCUAUCACUCUUCUUGCCUGUCUGCUCCCGGUCAUUGUCACCAUGGUCCGAUUUAUCGAGAGUCUGGAGGAAUUCAAAGCUGCCCUGAAAGAGGCUGGUGACCAACUUGUAGUUGUUGACUUCACAGCCACAUGGUGUGGGCCCUGCAAAAUGAUUGGACCUUUCUUUGAUGAGCUGAGUAAGAAAUACACCAAUGUUGUUUUUCUUAAAGUGGAUGUGGAUGAUGCACAGGAUGUAGCUUCCUACUGUGAUAUCAAGUGUAUGCCAACAUUUCACUUCUAUAAGAAGGAAAAUCGGGUGGAUGAAUUUAGUGGCGCCAACAAGUCUAGUUUGGAGGAGAAGUUGGUACAACUGAGUAAAGCGUAAUGGCGGUCUGUGUGUAUUCAUUUAUCUUCUGUACAUUAAGACCACAUAAAAAAAUAAAAAAAAUACUUAUAUAUAUAUAUGAAGGAAACUGUAUCUAUUCCUCGCUAGCAUUUCAGUUAUUCCUUUUAUUGUACUGUAAAUGGAGUGGACCCAAGGACAUGAGUUAAAUAAAAUGGCUGCUAGACUCCAAUA